AAUUUUGGUGUUCUUUUAAAACCGCCGCUAAAACCACUUUUUCCGCAUAAAAUCGGUGUAAAAAGGGCGAAAUUCGUCACAUUUCUGCUCUAUUCCACGCCCUGGACCAACAAACUGCACUCUGGUCGUGGAUCCCGUUGGAAUGGUAAGCCAGGAAAGUGCAAAACGCCUGCCGCUGCACGCACAAUAGAGGUGUCUAUGUUGUGGACCUUCUUGGAGUUUUUCCACUGAAAAAGAAAAGAGUUUUGCGAUUUUCCCGUCGUGGUCACGGAAUUGGUCGGUAGAAAGUGAGACGGCAAGACCCGUGUCGAAAGAUUUCCCUACUAGUCCGUUGCGGAGCAAAACCGGUGUGGGGCAGAGUGGGAAAAGCGCAGCGUGGCGUGCAUUUUCCGAGUAGGCUUUGUGUGGCGACCGCGUUCUGCGUGUUCCGCUCGCCCGGAUAUCGAUCAUCAGCUGCGCGGCCACAGAGAAAAGCGUAAAGGGCGUGCAGGAUGGGCCUAUUAGAACAACUGCAGGAGCAAGGAUGGUACAUCACGGAGCCGGGGUUGGCCAAGUUGCUGGAAACGGGAGGCGAUAAGAACGGGCCGCUGGCGAACCCGGACGUGAAGCAAGUGGUGAAAAUAGCGCUGAAUACGGAUCUAAAGGAGUUUGGUGGUGGUGCGCUGGCCUCGCUGGCAACGCGCGGCACCAAGGUGGAGAGCUUCGAUGGUAGCGGUGUCGUGCAGCUCGUCAAGCUGCGUAACCUGGGUGCACCGAAGGUGAACGAAGAAUCCAAGGUGGCGCCUCGCCUACUGAAACUCACCAUCACCGACGGUCAAACGCAGUACGUGGCGCUUGAACACGAGCAUAUACCAGCGCUCAGCUUGAACACGCCUCCCGGUACCAAACUGCUGCUAAAGAACGGACCGAUUCGUAUCGCGGCCGGUGUGCUGAUGUUGAGCGACAAAAACAUCACCGUGCUCGGUGGCCACGUUACAGCGUUGGUAGAAAAAUGGGAACUCAGCCGUACGAUGGCCAAGUACGCCAAGGGUGGCCGGUUGCAGUUCAGCACCUCCGGACCACCACCCUGGAUACCGUUCGGACAGAAGAUCCAGCAGCUACCGGCCGGCGUCAACGAUAAGGACUUCAAGAGCCUGCAAACAAAGGAAAAGGAGGAAUCGAAGGAAAACAGCGAGUUCAAUGCCCAGCGGAACGAUGCGAUCGCCGAGGCCACGAAGCUCGGCACGAAGAAAACGUUCGGCGGUGGCAGCAAGCAAAUGGUGGAUGCCAAUGUACAAAAGAUCAUGGACAAGGGCUUCACCGAAGAGCAGGCCAAUCAUGCGUUGAAACUAACCCGCAAUAAUGUCCAGCGAGCGCUGAGCAAUCUACAGCGGAUAGAGGACCGAAAGCAACAGCAUGCGGCUUCGCAAAGCGAUGGUGACUAUGGUGGUGGUGGUGCUAGUGCUGGUGGAAAAUUCGACUCCGGAUUCAAAGUAGGCGGUGGACGACGUGGUGCUAGUAAGCGGGAAGCAGCCGAACUAGAACUCCUCGCGAAACCAACCGGUAAAGUAUCAUUGUCCGACUUUCUUGGCGAUAUACUGACGGAUAGCGAACCACCGGCGGCAGCGACAUCGGCGAGCGUUUCGGGAGGUAGCAAGAAAUCUAGCAAGGAAUCGACACCCAACGAUAGCCAUCGUGCUGGAGGUCGUGGCACUGAAAGUAAUAGUCGCCCGGAAGUAAACCAUCGUGGUGGCAAUAGAAACAAUCGACAGGAAAGCUCUCAAAACCGACAAACUGCCAACGGAACGACCGGUGGGAACCGCAACGCCAACUCGGACGCCAACAUGCACACGAACCACGGCACUGGCAGUGGUGGUAUGGCGGCUGGAAGCGGUGCUGGCAGCAAGCAGCAACAGCAACGGUUUGAAAAUAACAUUUCCAGCAGUUUCGCUAACCGUAACACGUCCUCCGCUCCGCCAAAUGCCAGUUCCGGCAACAGGGAACGUGGGAAUCAACAGCAAACGGGACACUAUGGAGGUGGACCGCAGUCGAACCAGAAACAAUCGGAUUACCAUGGCAACGGGCGUUAUCGGGGCGGAAAUGAUCCAGCCAGCUCUUCGGUCGGUAAUUACAAUAGCGGAUCGAAUAAUACGGGCAGUCAUGGUGGACCCCGUGGUGGUGGAUCGUUUCGUGGCGGCGAUUCGAAGUAUAAUCAGCAGCAUUCUUCUGCCACAUCUAGUGCGUAUAGCUCUUCCCAGCAGCGCCAAGAUAGUUACAACAACAAUACCAACAGCAGCAGCAACAACAGCAAUGGUAUCGGCCAUGCAGGUCCUGGUGGAAAGUAUGGCAAAGGGCAGCAAACGAAUGCUUCCGCUGGCUAUAAUAAUAAUUACGCUGGUCCUGACGGUGCCGGUGGUCGUAAUAACCAUCAUGGGCAAUCACAGGCGUCGCAUACACAGGAAUCCCAGCAAGGCCACCGAGGCGGCAAAGGUGGUGCUAGCGCAACGUCAACAUCGCAUUU